GUCUCCUGCUGGUGCUGCCGCCGCCGCGGGCGUGCAGCUCUCUGCUGCCCGCCGAGAGGCCUCUGCAGCUCCCGGGUACGGAGCGAGGUUCUCUCUCCUCCCGCUAUGUCUGGCCGAGGGAAAUCGGGAGGCAAAGUCCGGGCCAAGGCCAAGUCGCGCUCGUCCCGCGCGGGGCUGCAGUUCCCCGUGGGCCGCGUCCACCGGCUCUUGCGCAAGGGCAACUACGCGGAGCGCGUGGGGGCUGGCGCGCCGGUCUACCUGGCGGCGGUGCUGGAGUACCUGUCGGCCGAGAUCUUGGAGCUGGCGGGGAACGCGGCCCGCGACAACAAGAAGACGCGCAUCAUCCCGAGGCACCUGCAGCUGGCCAUCCGCAACGACGAGGAGCUCAACAAGCUGCUGGGCGGCGUGACCAUCGCCCAGGGCGGCGUCCUGCCCAACAUCCAGGCCGUGCUGCUGCCCAAGAAGACCCAGAGCUCCAAGAAGUGAGGCGAGGCCCUCGGGGAGACGCAGCUGGGGGGUGGGAGCCCAGCACUCCAGGGACCUGCGCUCGGAGCUGCCUGCAUCCAUUUGGCUCUUGAGCCCGGGUGGGAGGAGCGGGCGAGGCUCGCCCCUCCCGUAGGGUGGGCUGUGGCUCCAAGUCUAGACGGCUGGACUGUGUCCUCCGGUGGGCCCCUAGGAAGGGCCCCCAGACCCAUCGCUAGGGGCUGCGGUGCCAAGAUGUCUACCUCUCCUCCCCUGGGGUGUGGAUGCCCCCUUCCCCUGUGGGUGAGCUCGAUCCUGAGCUGACCCACGAUGCCCACGAGCGGACCGGUUGGGACUGGACUGGACAAAACGGGAUGGGAGAGGUGACCCUCCCCUACACUUUUUUUUUUCCUAUUAAAAAACAACCCUGCUUUUUGGGAGCUCUCUAUAUUUAUUUCCCGUUGGUGGGCAGAAUCUGUGUUUAUUUAUUUCACUUGUGCGGGUGGGGUCAUUUUAAUAGGUGCCUGGGGGUGGUAGUGGUGGUGUGUGCUCUGACUUUGUCCUUUUGGUUCUUAAAAUAAACAACUCCACGGUGGCGUCACCGUUAUUACCCUCCCUUCCCCGGUGGUUUGCUUUGGUGUUUCCUUUCUAGAAGCUGUGGGCCAGGGAAGAUCCUGGAGGGAAGGGGUGAACGGCUCCCUGGGCUUUGAGGGUACUGGAGUGGAUGGUCGUGCUUGGGGAAAGGCUUAUGUGAAGAGCUGAGCAGGUCAAGCCAGGGCUUAGGAAACGGGUCUUUUCUGUUCUUUCUCCCUCUCUCCCUGCCUCUUAUAUAGUCCAGGGUUGGGGUGAGAAGCCAUAGAGAGAGACAGGUCCAGGUCAUGGGUACCAUGUAGAUUAAGAGAGGUCAGCAUCGAGUGCUUUGGAAGGGAAAUACUUUGGAGAGAAACAGGACAGCACCGAUGACUUGCUGGUCGGGGCCCCAGCCUUGUGCCUGGCCCUCCCACAGCCCUCCAAGCUUUAAAUUCCAGGGCUGGAAGCGACCUUAGGCAAGCAAAGUCGUGACAAAAAGACUUGGCUAAUGAGCCCUGUUUGAAUCUGGCUCUGCUGCUGCCGGGCCUUCUCUCCCUGGACCGAAAAUUCCUCCUCAGCAAAGUGAAAGAAAAGACGGCAUGAUCUCUGUCACUUCCUGUUCUGAGCCCUAUGCUAGCCCAUGCCCUUUAUUUUGCAUAGGAAGAAACUGGGACCCAGAGAAAAGAAGGGACUCAGUAUUGGGGCAGUCAGCCCGGUUUUCACACUGAUGGGAAGAAAUGAAAAAAGUUAUUUUCUCCAGGAGUAGCAAACUAGGUCAAGAAGGGUUUAGGUGAUGGGUAAAUGGAGUGAUCCCAUAAAUGAUGGUCCAGAGCAGAUUUAGGCCAGAAGGCAAGAUAUUGGUGUGGCACAGUGCAUAGGGUGAUGGAGGAUCUAGAGUCAGGAGGACCUGAGUUCAAAUGUGGCCUCAGACACUUACCAGCUGUUUGACCCUGGGCAGGUCCCUUAACUUCUGUUAGCCUCAGUUUCCUCAUUUGUAAAAUAGAGAUAGUAAGAGCUCUGACUUCUAUUUGGGUUCUUAAGUGCCAUAGAAAUGCUAGCUAUGAUUAUGCCUUCUCUUGGUCUGCCCUUCCCAUGUUCCAGCCCCCUCCAGAACCAGGGCCUGUUAACCACCCUUUAAAAAAAAAAAAACAACCUUAAAAAAAAACCAAACAGAGAACUGCUUAUCAAAAGUCCUUCAGGAAGGUUCUGGGGAAUGAUGCUGUUCUAGAAAUUCAAUAAAUAUUUAUUAAGCAUAUUCAAUAUGCAGAACAGCGUAGCAGAUCCGAGGGACCAGAGCCAUACAAAGUUUAGAAGAAGAGGCAGAUUCUUAUUUUUGUGGUGCUUACAGAGUCAAUAAUGGGGCUAAGACAACAUGGAACUGUAAGGUAAAGGUGGGGAAGGGUCUUCAGGGUUGGCUUCCUGGAGGAGGUGGCAUUGGAAUCGGGCUUUCAAGCAGGGGUUCUUAAUUUGGCAUCCAGUAAUUUGGUUUUUUGUUGUCUUUUUUAAAAUAACUACUUAAAUAUAAUGUUUUCUUUGCAAUCCUACUUGCUUAUUUUAUGCGUUUAAGAGGUCCAUGACCCAAAGGUGAGGGACCUCUGCUUUAAAGGAGAAAUAGGUGAGGUACUCAGGGGAAGUAUAGGGAGGGCAUGACGAGUUUGGGGAGCAGCCUUAGCAAAGGCAAGGAGACCCGAAGUGCUGAGGAGGGGGAGGGGUAAUGACAUCUGACUGGACUCUGGUGUGUCAAGGGCCUGAUAACACGAGCUGUCAGAUGGUGGAGGACCUGGGAUUUGAGGCAAGCUUUGAACUAGAUGGCCUCUGGAGGCCUUUCCAACUCUGAUUCCGUAGACCCUCGCAGGGAUGUGGGGAGUGGUGCUUUUAACUGUUGAAAGAUGCAGACUCUUGAAGAAAUGUCUGAUGGGAUUGCAGGAGUUCUCUUGGGUGAAAGCAGAGUAGGGGAUAUUCCCAAAUGUACCAAUCAUCAGGGUGGCAGCCAUGUUACCCCUCUUCCCACCUUGCUAAUAAGGAUGCAGUUCAGGUGUAGAAACACCUACAAUUCCCUGACCAACAGCCAGACUUGUCCUACCCUAUUUCCAUGUCUUUGCCUAGUCUUGGUGGUAUUUCUCCUUGAUGCCUUAUCUUGGAAUCCUUAACUCCCGUCUCCUCCUUCCUGAUUUCUUUCUGUGGUUAUUCAUCCCCUUCUCCCACAUCACUUAACAUUUAUCUUCAGUAUAUCACGUCUACGGAUCUUUGAACAUGUGAUAGCCCUCCACCCGCCAGUAGAACUAAGCUCCUUAAGGGCAGGGACCAUUCCUCAUUUUGUAUUUGAAUCCUCAUUGCUUAGCACUGUUUCUGACCUCGUAGAUAAACGUGUUGAUCGAUUGAAGUCUAUGCUCAACCAGCUUUUUUCUUUCUUUCUGUGUUCUCUUUGUGUGCCAACCUCACCCCUUUACUAGACUGUCGGCUCUUCGUGGAUGGAUUCUUUCACUCUUUGUGCUCCCCUUUCCCGGUAGGGCGCCUUAGCCAAUUCUUCAUGAGUGUCUGUUGAAUGGAAGGAUGAAAGUCUAUAAAACCUGAAAUGUUCAUGAGAAGUGGAAGGCAGCUGUAGAAACCAGUUGUUUGCUUAGGAAGCUCUCUAGUGAGCUCAUUUUAGGACAUGAAGGAAUGUAAACAGGGAUAGAUAUUUUUAAAAAUGGCAUAUGAGAGUAGUAUCUAGAAGGCUAAAGCCAGAAAUCCAAUUGAACAAAUAUUCAUUAAAUGCCUACUGUGUGCAAGGCACUGAGUAUACAAAAAACCCAAAGUAAACAGUCUGUGUCUUCACAAAGCAGGAGGAUGCAUGGGACAGGAGGCAACCUGUCCACAGAUAUGUUCAUGCAAAAUAUAUACUGAGUAAAUUUUAGAAUGUUAACGACAAGAAGGGCUCUCCUGGCUUUGUUGAGGCAAGAAGAGGAACAGGCCCAUUUGCUUGGGACAGAUGGUGUAAUAGAAUGUUAGUUGGAUAAGUGAACAUGGGAAGAGAGAAAAUAGACCUACUUAACCUCUAUUCUUCUGGCUCCCUCAGAGAAGAGAAUGAUUUUUCAGCUGAAAAGGGUAGAACAUGGUUUGUGCUGGUAGAACGUAACCUCUCUUAAGGCAGAGACUCUUCAUUUUCAGCUUCACUUCCCCAAGCACCUAGCCCAAUGCCUAAAAUAUAGAGGUUCUUAAAGAGGGAGGGAAUAGAGACCCCCAAAUAGAUGAGAAAAUAAUCCUAGUUCACAAUGAUAUAAUACUUUACCUUUACAAGGUGCUUUUCUUAUAAAUGUGAAGAAACUGAGGAACGGAGAGAUUACAGUUUGCCCAUGCUCGCAUGGUUAAUAAUUAGCCCACCUUCUGAUUCCUACAUGAGUGCUCAUUAAUCUCUGCCUCUCCUCCUCCCCACCCUAUUUGGCUUUUAAUGUAAGAAAGCACUUUGCUGUAGAUGGUCUAAGCCCUGACCAGUCCACACGUCACAGACUAACUGAAGAAUUGCUGGCAGGGAUCUUGGAGGAUAUGAGAAAGGCUAAAAGUUUGAGAUUUGUAAUUCAUUGUUUAAUUUUCUUCAGAGGGAGCAUGGGAUUGGAUUCUAGAAGCAGAUUAAUUUCACAUCAAUCUUUGGGGGAGAGGGGGAAUCUAAAGAUCUGAGAUUGUUUAAUACACUGUUGGUGAAAUUGUGAGGUGGUCCAACUGUUCUAGAAAGUAAUUUACAACCAUACCCCAAAAAGUCACUGAACUGUGUAUACCCUCUGACCAAGUGAUAACGCUAGUAGGUGUCUGUGCCCAAAAAGAUCAACGAAAGAGAAAGGAAAGAUUUGAAGCUGCGAUUGUUUGUUCUAACAACUGGGAAAAAAAAGUGAGCGCCCAUCAACAGGAAAUGACUGAACAAAUUGUAUAUUCAUGCAGUGGCAUUAUCGUGCCAUAAGAAGUGACAGGAGGGACAGAUUCAGACAAACUUGGGAAGCCUUGUGUGAAUUGAUAAAAAGAUAAUUUCUCAGAACCAGGAGAACCGUUUUUACAAUGACUGCAACACCUCAAGGACAACAACAGGUGAAAGAGUUGAAAACUGGUGAAUGCAACGACCCACCUUGAUUCCAGACCCUUGAGGAAGAAGCCUUCUUUCUCACCUCCUGGAAGACAGGAUGACCUCGAGGUGCAGAUUAAGACCUGCGUCCUCAAACAUUGCCCAAAUGUGGAUUUGGGUUUUGUGCUUGUGUGUGUAACUUUUAUUUUGAGUUGAAUAGUGCAAGAGGGUGACUAAGGAAAAGUGAAAAUGAAUCAUGAGAGAUACACAGAAGAAAGUUCAGAAGGGGACAGAGACAAGCAGGACAUUGUUAGAACUACUAUGUUAAGUCUGGAAUAUUCAAAAAAGACGGAGCUGUGUAAUAGUGGAGAUUCACAGAUUCACAUGUGGUCCUAUUUUUCUGUCUGUGUAAUGAAUUGUACUGGUUGUUGAAGUUUGUCAAGUUCACAAUAUUAAAAAGAAUUUUUUUUAAA